CGGCCGGCGGUAGGCGGCGAUCGCGGCCGGGGCGGGGCGGGCCGGGAGGCGGUCUCCAGCCGGCCGCGAGGAGCCGCGCCAUGGCCGCUGCCGCCCGCUGGUGCUACCGGGGGGACCCCCAGGAGGCCCAGAGCGCCCCGCUCGUUCAAUUUUCAAAUGGAAAACUGCAGAAUUCUGAAAACAUGGAUUUUACUUUAUACAAAAGCAAAGACGCGACUAAUCCCAGAAAGAAACACCAAAGAAUCUUGACUUCGGAGACAAACAGGCUUUCUUAUGUGGGAAAAAACUUCGGCUCAGGAGUCUUGAAAUGUAACUCCCUCUGCAGGUACUUUGUCGGUGUGUUAGAUAAGGACGCUGGACAAAUGGAAGUCUAUAAUGCUGAAUUAUUCAACAUGCAGCCGUUGUUGUCAGAUGAUUUAAUAGAUGACGACCCGUCAGAGUAUCAGAAUAAAUCCUACAGAGAGAAGGUGGAUUCGUGUAUUGAAGCCUUUGGCACCAACAAGCAGAAGCGAGCCCUGAACUCUCGAAGGAUGCACCAAGUUGGCAGUGAGACUUUAAAUGUGGCUGUGACAAAAGCAGCCGAAAACAUCAUAGAGACAAAAGGUGUUGCUGCAUUGGCUCAAGCACUCUCUCAUCUCCGGCUUGCUUUGAAAGCUUUAGUCAGUGACGCCGCUCAGGAUGACGUGCAAGAUGUCUCCCUCUUCCUACCUCCCUGCCAGGAAGAUGCUGACAGACCAGAGAACGUCUACAGGUUUGAGGACAUCCUCUCCCCUGCCGAAUAUGAAGCACUGCAGACUCCAGCGGCAGCUUUCGUUAGCAUUACUCCUGAGGCGAUCCUUAAGAAGACAGAAGAGAAAAGCCAUUGCUCCUUCGUUCUAGAAGAACUGAAGUCCAUGCCUCCAAGUGAGGACAGCUCGGACCAUAAGGCACGGUGUCUGUGGUUUCUGGAUGUCCUCAUCAAGUUCAGUUUCCAGAAAGUGAUUAAGAAGAAACAUGCAAUGGGCCCCGACUGUCCACACAUCAUUAACAGCAAACUCAUGAAAAACUUCACAGCGCUGACGUACAACAAUGGCAGUAUCCAGAAUUUAAUCUCCGCUUCGAUGAAAGCUAAAAUUACAGCCUACGUCAUAGCCUUAGCCUUGCACAUUAACAACUUCCAAACAGACCUGACUGUGCUACAGAGGGACAUGAAACUCCGCGAGAACAGAAUACUGGAGAUCGCUAAAGCUAUGAGGCUGAAGAUCUCCAAAAGGAAGGGGCCGUCAGGACUCACGGACGAGGAAGACCACAAGUUGGCCACCCUCUCUCUGCCCUUACCUGUGUACAAGCCAUCAGGGAGCCAGCGGAAGCGCAAGAAGAUGAAAUAAAGGAAUACUGUGCACAUCUCACUGAGGAGAACACUGGCUGAAAGGGAAGGAGCCUCUGCAAGAACAAAGCUGAUGCCAGUUCCCUGAUCCCACUUGAAAUCUGAGCUCCUAGAAGGGCUAUUUUGCCAGACAGUGGAACUGGACAAGGCUGAUACUAGUAAUGGGUUUGGCUGACGUCCAUCUCUGUAAUCAGUCCUUUUUGAAAAUAAACCAAAACCCUCUCCUCCUUUC